AUGGAGAAUUCGGGUCACUGCGUCUUCGUGCCCACCCUAUAUAAAAAAAAAGUAAAACUUGCCCAGAAGCUGUGGAAUACGAAGGACCCAGCCAAAGUUGCUCUGGCUUAUACUGAGGACACUAUCUGGCGCAACAGAGACCAAUUCCCGUGUGGAAGAGCGGAAAUAAUUGACUUCCUCACGAAGAAGUGGCAGAAGGAGAAGCGGUACAAACUCAGAAAGGAGCUAUUCGCUUGGACGGACAACAAAAUUGCCGUACAGUUUUGGUAUGAGUUCUAUGAUGAAGCUGAGAAGAGUUGGUACAGGUGUUAUGGUCUAGAGGAUUGGACCUACAACGAGGAUGGCUUAAUGCGGAAGAGGCAGAUGAGCGGAAACAAUGUAAAGAUAGCGGAGCACGAGAGGUUUUUCCACGAAAAUAUGACCGACGAAGACGUGGACAAAGUGUCGAUUAGCGAGAAGCACUGGUAAAUCAGCUACCUGGACAUGGACAUUGUUCGAGGUUGCGGGCGAUUCUUCCGUGUUUUACACUACCGAUGGACAUACGGGAUCUUGUCUGAACCGCUCCUACAACUAUUCCGUCCUUAUACUGGCGCUUCGCUAGGCUAGAGUUUAUCGGACGGAUACCAGCGAGUUAGGAUAGAGUAUUUCCUAUUCUUGCAGUUAUCUUGUGGAUAAGCUACCGUUGAUUGCCGUGUAUUUAUAUCAAUGCAUUACCUUUUCG